CGGAAAGCAUUACUUUCACUUCUACGUUUGUUGUUAACAUCUGCGUUGUCUCCAUAUAUUUACAAGAGGAAGCUGCAGUAAAUCUGUCCCGGACAUCACGCAUCUGUCCUCAGAGGUAUGAUGGUGAACUGCUGUGGUCUGCUCACCUCCCAGAAGGAACCAGUUCCUCUGAAGAGCGUGGAGGUGGAGCUGGAGGUGAGGGACCAUGUGGCUACAGUGGUGUCCACUCUGAACUAUGAGAACAAGGAGGACAAACCACUAGAGGCUGUUUUUGUCUUCCCUCUGCCUGGAGAUGCUGCUGUCUGUCACUUCAGUGCCAAGAUUGGACAGACGCAGAUUGUAGCUGAGGUGAAGGAGAAACAGAAGGCUCGUGAGGAGUACGAUGAUGCUCUGAGCUCCGGUCAGCAGGCCUUCCUGUUGGAGGAGAGUGAGCAGAGUCCAGAUAUAUUCUCUCUGAGUGUGGGCAGUCUGCCUCCAGGAGAGAGCGCCUCCAUCAGGCUGGAGUACGUCACUGAGCUGGCUGUGCAGGCCGAUGAAGGGCUGAGGUUUAUUCUGCCUGCUGUGCUCAACCCUCGCUACCAACCACAGGGUAGUGAAGGUGGCAGUGUCCAGGUGACCUCUGUUCCAGCCUCUCUGGUGCCCUACAGUCUGUCUUUCUCCGCCCGAGUGUCCUCUCCUCGUCCAGUCUCUAAAGUAGAGUCCAACUGUCCCCUGGACCCUCUCCAGUACCUCAACACAGAGCAGAGCCAGGCCACGGUCAAGUUGGCUGCAGGACACAAGUUUGACAGAGAUGUUGAGCUGCUGAUUUAUUACAAAGAUGCCCACCAGCCCACUGCUGUGGUGGAGGCAGGACAGGCCUCUGCCAAGCCUGGCUCUCUGAUGGGGGAUCCAGUAGUGAUGCUGAGCCUGUACCCUGAGUUCCCUCAGGCUGUCAUGUCUUCACUCGCCUCAUGUGGAGAGUUUGUGUUCUUAUUGGAUCGAUCUGGCAGUAUGGAUGGGCCACGUAUAAAGAGUGCCAGGGAUACUCUGCUGCUCCUGUUGAAGAGUUUACCAAUGGGCUGCUAUUUCAACAUCUACAGUUUUGGGUCCAGCCAUGAACACAUCUUCCCUAAGAGUGUGGAGUACAACCAGGAGACCAUGGAAGAGGCUCUGAAGAAAGUUGAAGGGAUGGACGCUGAUCUGGGAGGAACAGAGAUCCUGAAUCCCCUAAAAGAUAUUUACAGCCAGUCCUGCAUUCCCAAUCAACCCAGACAACUAUUUGUCUUUACUGACGGAGAGGUGGGGAACACCAAAGAAGUCAUAAAUCUGGUGAAGAAGAAUUCAGGUUCCCACAGGUGCUUCUCUUUUGGGAUUGGGGAAGGGGCCAGUUCUGCUCUUAUCAAUGGGUUGGCCAAGGAAGGAGGAGGUCACGCUCAGUUCAUCACAGGGACUGACAGGAUGCAACCUAAAGUGAUGCAGUCGCUGCGUUUUGCUCUGCAACCAGCUGUGGUGGACAUCUCAGUCACGUGGGAUUUACCAAAGGGAGUCUCUGUCACUGCUCUGUCUCCACCAAUCACAGCACUUUUCCAGGGUCAAAGGUCACUGAUUUAUGGCCAGCUCACUGGACAGAGUUCAGAGGCAGCAGAGGGCUGUGUGACGGUGAAGUACAGCCUGGCAGGCCAUCCCUCUCAGAACCAGCUGCACUUCAGUCUCCAACCUGCAGAGGACACUGGACUAACAGUCCACAGGUUGGCUGCUCGGACUCUGAUUCGCUCCCUGGAGAUGGAGGAGACAGAGCGCAGAGGAGAGCAAGAUGAAGGAGUGAAGAAGAAGAAGGUGGUGGAGCUCAGUGUCCAAUCAGGAGUGAGCAGUGCCUUCACUUCCUUCAUUGCUGUCAACAAAGGCAACGGCGAGACCAUUCAAGGACCUCUGGUGCGCAGAAAUGUUCCAACACCCAUGAUGCAGUGCUGUAUGAUGUCAGGUCCUCCUGUGAUGUACGAAAUGUCCUGUGAUAUGCCAGAAAUGAGUUUGUGUGGAGAAGAAGAUGACGAUGACGUUGACUCUGAAUUGGAAGAGUGUCGCGCUGUCCAAGGGUCUUUUGCUGAUGAGUUAGAAGUCGCAGAGCCCAGACAGCCUCGCAGAGACCCUCUGCUGCAGCUGGUCUCCCUCCAGAAGGCGUCUGGUUACUGGGUGCUGGAUCCAGCUCUGUCUGCUGCACUGGGGAAGACCAGUGAGGAGGUGGAGAACACAAAACCUUCAGGAGUCAAUAAAGAAGUGUGGGCCACCAUUCUGGCUCUGAUCUGGCUUCAUGGUUUCAAGAUGGACUCUCAGGAAGAGUGGGAGCUUCUGGCUAUGAAGGCUGCGUCAUGGCUCCGUGCUCAGAAUGCACCGUGUGUGACCGAGUGUGUGGACGCUGGAAACUCUCUGCUGGGUUGUAAGGUGCAGAAAGACGCCCUGGGACUCUGAGGUUUUCAUUAAAGUGGCUUCUCCUUCAGGAUUACACAGAAGCAGAUUGACUAUGUGUACCUACAACCUUUACUUUAUUUGGUGAACAUUGCACUUCAUUCUUUGCACUAUUUACAUUUUAUCAUGACAUGUUCUUGCCAAACUCCAUAGAGAUGGGCUGGCAUGAGCUUAUGUGGACGACUUGUAAAAGUAAGUUGACACAAAUAUAUCUACAGGCAAAAAUUGCACUGCCUUUCCAAGAUAGCCUCUAAUCCAUGUGUCUUGAAUCACUCACUAUUUAUUAAGUAGUGCACUACAUCUAUUUCAGUGGCUGAAUUCUGAGUCACAUGUUACAGAUGUGAAAAUUACAGCUGAGAAUGGUCCAAAAUGAUGAUAAUUAAUAAGUGUUUACAGUUUAAAUGUACUGUUAAUAACAUAGUAAACUAUUGAUUGUUUCUUAUAUAGGGAACAGUGAAUGAGUGAUUUCUGAGAAGCUGAACUAUGUUCCUCUGCUUCUAUGUUUAUAUUCUAUGCUAAAUACUGUGGGAGUCUACUACUAUACUACUGCACUCAAUAAAGAAUAUGUUUGGGGCUUUGUCAAUCAAA